CACGACGGUGCUCAACUUGAUCUCGAGCACGCUCUUUUCUGUCGACUUGGCACACCAUGACGAGGGCUCCUCCCAGGAGUUCAGGGACCUCGUGUGGGGCGUGAUGGAGGAGACUGGAAAGCCCAACGUGUCAGAUUUCUUCCCAGCUCUCAGGUGGUUCGACCCCCAGGGCGCACGCCGGAGGAUCUCGGGUUACUUCAGCAGAUUGCUUGCCAUCUUCGACAGGAUGAUUGAAGAAAGGACUCAAGCGACGGCCUCACCAGUCGCCUCUUCACCGAGCAACGACGUGCUUGAUUCUCUGAUUAAUUUAAAGGAGAGUGGAGAAUUGAGUCGCCACGAAAUUAAGAGCUUGCUUCUGGACUUGUUCAUUGCGGGAGUCGACACAAGCACGAGCUCGCUGGAGUGGGCGAUGGCAGAGCUGCUGCACAAUCCAGAGAAGAUCGCGCAAGCCCGUGAAGAGCUCGACCGAGUCGUCAGUGGCGAUGGAGGAACGCUGCAAGAGCCAGGCAUCACGAGGCUCCCCUACUUACAAGCAAUAGUCAAGGAGACUCUAAGGCUGCACCCGCCGGUUCCCUUCCUGAUCCCACACAAGGCCGAGAGCGACGUGGAGAUAGGCGGGUUCCGACUGCCCCGGCACGCCCAGGUGCUGGUCAACGUCUGGGCCAUGGGGCGUGACCCGGGCGUAUGGUCAAACCCAGACAGCUUCAUGCCGGAGCGGUUCCUGGGGUGGAGAUUCAAGGGCCGCGAUUUCGAGCUCAUCCCGUUCGGGAGCGGACGGAGGAUAUGCCCCGGGAUGCCCUUGGCCUAUAGGAUGGUGCACUUGAUUUUGGCUCUCUUGCGCUCAUUUGAUUGGAAGCUUGAGGAGGGCGUGACGCCUGAAGAGAUGGACAUGACUGAGAAAUUUGGGAUCACAUUGCAAAAGGCAACGCCUCUCUGUGCUAUUCCCAUGGAGGUGUGACUUAAAGACGUUUAUAUCUCAGUAUUGUUUUCUUAAAAUUGAUAUAAUAGUAGGAAUUUACCUAGAAGGACUUUCGUCCUAUUGUCCUUUUGCUUCCAUAUAUGUUUAAAAUUAAUUCGAUGAACUUAGUUUCAUAAACGAUGUAUUUGUGUAUGCAAGUAUAUGCGGUGACAUGGAUGAAUAAUUGUGUAACGU